UUAACAUUUAUUAAAGAGUUAUUUUCUCUCCCGUAUUUCUUUUUCUUAUUGAUCACCCACCCUCCCCAGACCAUCCGCGUCCCUUAAUUUUUCCAAAGGUUCUUCGUUCAUUGCCUUAAUAGUUGGGUUUUUGGUACCAGUGCACCCAAGGGAGGUCCGUACCUUCUGUCUGCACCAAACAGGAAAAAGCUCUCCAAUUUCUGCUGAUGCGGCAGCGUAGAGAAAUGGCCCGUGCGCUUAUUGCCCCUUAAUGUAUUCAGACCUCUCAAUCGCACCAUCAUAAUUUUCUACCGUUGUGCAGCGCGCGCGCGUCUGACUGUGCAGCUGGACUGGGGUUCAGCGGAGUGGCGGUUUCUCUCGUGCCGUACGUUCGCGUUCUUCGCUUCCUUACCCUGCAGUCGCUUAAAGCUCGUUUCUCGCUCGCCUGCCUAAUUAUGAUUUCAAACAACCUGCAUCUGCAUUUGGCUUCCACCUCCAAGACUCACGCGCCUACUCGAGUCUUGGAUGCUCCGAACGACCAACGUUAGAGACCAAUGACACCGAAAUGCCACGGACGUUUAGAAGAAAAAUAUAGUCUAUCAAUAUUUCAGGUAAGCUCGAGUAGAGCACGUUGUAAAGUGAUAUCAAAAAGGAGCAGGCGGCGCAAAGUUAUAGCACUAUCUGAAGCUGCUGCCGGACUGGACACAUUCCUACACAGUUUUCUUCGAAAUAAGUGGGUGACAGGGACAGCAGCAGCACGCAGCAGUGGCGGAGUGAAGCAAUGGCCGUGUCAGCGAGAAACGCAGGGGGGCCGCACUGAGGCGUAGCGAGCACUCCCCGGCAGGGGGGACCGAGGCGCACCGCGGAAGGGGCGAAAUAGGAGAGCAGAACUGCGGGAGAAACUGGAUGCCCGUUCAGCCGGGCUGAGCGAAAAUCCCUCAUCCGGCGCCCUGCUCGGACUCCAGCCUCCGGUAUGACCGUCGUGCCCGGAGAUAACAUGGACGAGACCUCGACUUUGCCGGGGAACCCGCAGGACACCUACCCCCCGGACCACGGAGACCACGAAUGCUGUGAGAGGGUGGUCAUCAAUAUUGCGGGACUGCGCUUCGAGACGCAGCUCAAAACGCUGGCUCAGUUUCCUGAAACACUGCUGGGUAACCCCAAGAAACGGAUGCGGUACUUCGACCCCUUGAGAAACGAGUACUUCUUUGACAGAAGCCGUCCGAGUUUCGACGCAAUACUCUAUUAUUACCAGUCCGGGGGCAGGCUGAGAAGACCCGUCAAUGUUCCUUUGGAUAUGUUCUCGGAAGAGAUAAAGUUUUACGAGCUUGGGGUGGAAGCGAUGGAAAAGUUCCGCGAGGAUGAGGGGUUCAUCCGUGAGGAAGAGCGCCCAUUGCCCGAGAAAGAAUUUCAGCGCCAAAUCUGGCUCCUGUUCGAGCACCCGGAGAGCUCCGGACCCGCUAGAGGGAUUGCUAUCGUAUCUGUGAUGGUCAUCCUAAUUUCAAUUGUCAUAUUUUGUUUGGAAACCCUACCUGAACUGAAAGAUGACCCGAUAGGCCACUACGAAACUGUGGGGAACACUACCUUCUAUUACAAACCAAAUAUCUUGACCGACCCUUUCUUCAUAAUCGAGACACUGUGUAUUAUCUGGUUCUCGUUUGAGUUGAUAGUGCGGUUUUUCGCUUGUCCCAGUAAGGCCGCCUUCUUCAAGAACAUGAUGAACACGAUUGAUGUCGUGGCAAUCAUUCCUUAUUUCAUCACACUCGGCACGGAGUUGGCGGACGACCAAGAGCCAGACGGCAAGGGAGAGGCGAAGGGAGAGCAGGCAACGUCUCUUGCUAUUCUCAGGGUGAUCCGUCUGGUCCGGGUGUUCAGAAUAUUCAAGCUCUCGAGACACUCCAAGGGGCUACAGAUUUUGGGACAGACCCUGAAAGCCAGCAUGCGCGAGCUGGGACUGCUAAUCUUUUUCCUGUUCAUCGGGGUCAUCUUGUUCUCCAGCGCAGUGUAUUUCGCCGAAGCGGAGGAGAAGGGGUCCUUCUUCACCAGCAUCCCGGACGCGUUCUGGUGGGCUGUGGUAUCCAUGACAACCGUGGGCUACGGGGACAUGGUUCCCGUAACUAUUGGGGGGAAGAUCGUGGGUUCCCUGUGCGCUAUUGCCGGCGUAUUGACGAUUGCGCUGCCGGUGCCCGUAAUAGUGUCCAACUUCAAUUACUUCUACCACAGGGAGACCGAGGGCGAGGAGCAGGCUCAGCUUCUAAAUGUUAGUAAUCCGAACAUUGCGUCUGACUCCAAUUCUAGUCGCCGCAGUUCGUCUGCCGUCAGCAAGUCAGAAUACAUGGAGAUCGAUGAGGACAUAAAUAACAGCAUUGACAAUUUCAGAGAAGCCAACCUUAGAACUGGCAACUGUACGGUAGCCAAUCAGAACUGCGUUAAUAAAAGCAAGCUGCUAACAGACGUGUAGAACCGAAACACCAGCAGCCGGUGGACUUAAGUGACACCAUGUCUCCUUGUAUAUAAUGUAUAACCCUAAUCCGAAUGCUUUAUUGACCUCGCUAAUGCGUUCUUGCAUUGCGAUUAUUAUCCUCAGCGACGUUAAAGAAAGACGACGAUAAAAAAGAUACAAACGCUUUCAGAGUACAUGAAAGAUAAUAUUUUCAUUUAUUUUCAAAUGGGAUCCUUCAAGUUCGUUCAAGAGAAAUCGUUUUAACUAGGUUUAUUAAUACUAGCUCCCCUAACCGGGAUUGCCAUUAGUGUAUGUGUGUGUGUAUAUAUAUAUAUAUGUAUAUAUAUACAAGCUAUAUAUAUAUAUAUAUUCAGCACGAUUAUAACAAGAGAACCAGUGGUAUCGGUUCUGCAGCGAUAACAAGCAUCUGCAGCUAUCGAUCAACGUAUUCCCUCGCGCUAGGGCAUACUGUACCGCAACUGUACAGUCAACAAAAGUACUGCAUCAAAAAAAGCGACUGCUCCUUCGCUGCGAAUUCACAGUGGACGUAGUUACGGGUUCGAGGAUAUCUGCAAUGCUGCUAUUCUUUCCGCAGAUGCAGGCAAUUUACAAUUCUGCAAGGUUGGUAAGAUGUCAUGCAGUUCAGAAGCAAGACAGCACAAUGAAGAAGAAAAAAAACGAGUAAAAUGUUCGCAUGUUCAGAUACUCUUCUUUUUAAUAUUGGCAUGUGUGAGACAUUAUCUCAUAUGAUGGGAAAUCUAUCUUUGUUUGAUCCCAACUUUCAGAUUCCGUUCUCUCAUUUGCUUUCACCAAAAGUGCACUGGUUAUGUAUUAUCAAUGACUAAUAAUUUAAACUUAUUUAACUGCUGAAUGUUAAAUCUUAAGGGAACAGUAACUUUUGGUGAUCAUAGCAUGUCAAAAAUACUCAGCAUUAUGGCCUAAUCGACUAAGGUACUGUGUACCCUGGUACAAUAUAUUUAGUGCAUGACGUCAGUAUUAAACAGCUUGCGGUAAACUGAGAGACUUUAGAAGGAUCAGAUGACUUUCCUAGUUAUUGUUAAGGAGAUGAGAGGCUUCACGUCCUAAUCUUGUCUGAACUAUGACUCAAUAUAUCUAAGCCCAACAUUGGGGAAACUUGGCUUCUGAACAAAGGUAACAAAGAAGAAACAAUUAUACUGAAACACGUAUACUCCAUAGUUAGCACCGGUCAGCAUUACUGCAGAAUCGCAAUGCAUGAUGGACCUUCUCAGAACAAGGAAAUCUGAAAAUUAUUAGCCUAAUCAUGUAAAAGGUGCACACAUACUGCUCUGACUCUUAAAUCUUUAAUGGUUCUAAAAUAUAUAUCUAUAUUAUUCAGCACAUAAUGCAGAGGAAAAUGCAGCAAUUUUACUUAUAUUAGUUGCUAGUGCCUUUUAAACCUCUUACCCAUAGAAUCGUUGAAAGUGCCUCCCCGCGCAUCAUAACUACUCAGUUUUGAACAGGAACGGAGAGGCGUUUCUCAUCACGCGACAGUGCGAAGUAGAGAGCAGCCAACCGACCCACGUCCCUUAGGCCCCAGGAGUGACAACUGAAAAAUACAGCCCGACGACACCGUCAGCAGGUGCAUUCUGGGAAGUUGUGUUAUUGUUAUGGUGGAGGAUGAUGCGGUUGCCGGGCAACACAAUCACACAAAACAGCAAGGGGAAGGGGAGGAUUCUGGAUCCCGGGGAAGGGGGGGAAGGGGGGGGAGCUUGAGUGGCAGAGAAUCCGGAAUCACGAGGCGAACAGUCCUGAGCGGAACGUUCCCGCCAAAAAGCCCUGCUCUCCUUUUCAACUCCAGGCCUCAGCAGGACUCCCAGCCACAGAACAAGACCCAUACAACCGACCAACCGGUCAACACACACCGCUGCAUCAGCAAGACCCAUACAACCGACCGACCGGUCAACACACACCGCUGCAUCAGAUCCACCAUUUUUUAAAGAGUGCUCAACAUCCGCUCUACUUUUCAUUUUUUACAUUUUUUAUCAUCAUGUCCCUCGGGACUUUGCCGUGACAAGCCUUUUCUGUUGUCUACCUCAGCCAGUCAGCGCACUGCUCCUUAUCCCACGCGUUAAACUGCAGCGCUCCUCAUCCCACGUGUUAAACCUUCAGUCUCUGCAUCGUCCGUGGCGAUAGUUUCUCUCUGACCCCUCACAUCAGUCAACCGUCAUGGAGCGGCUUGGGGAAGGCCGCCCGCGUGGAAUCACAAACAGUACAAUCCCCACUUUCUCCCGGUCCCUUCAGCUGCGCAGUCACCAGCCACGCAUGUCAGGAGGCCCGGGCCGGAGACGGACGGACCCCCGAGCCCCAGCGAGACGAGGCGGACGCCCCGGAGGGGACAGGCCCCUCCGUCCGCCUCCGACAAACACCCGAGACUGGAGACUGCGGCGAUGUGUACAGCCCGUCCGACACGAACACACCAACAACCUUUCCUCCGGAUGUUUGGGAAUGACAGAAGAAAAA